CUCCAUUGCUGUUCAGAAUUUUGAUCCUCACCAUAUAUAUUCAUAUGUUUCAAACUAGGCAUUCAAAAGUUACUGCAUGGCGUACCGAAUGCGCAACAUCUCGUCAUCGUCAAGAAUGACGUCAAGACUGCUUUGCUCCAUCUACACUUUGCUUUCAUCACAUUCCUCAUUCAUACAACAGUGCUACCCUCUCUGAUAUAUUGUUCCAGAACACCGCACCUUUAUUGUCUUCUGAUAGCAACGUACAAUGUCUCGAAGCACUUACACGGCUUUUCAGAAGCAUCUUCUGUUCUUCUCGACUCCCACGAAUCCUCCAAGACUCACGUUCUUAUCUGGACUGCGCGCUGCCGUUUCACUGGGUCUCAACUUUCCUAUAUCGGUGGUCCUGAGUCUCUCCCUACGAUUACUCUAUGUGCAGUUUCCUAGCCUUUCGACCAUCAACAUCGAAAAGAUCCCGCGAUCAGCACAUCGUGCCCAAUUGAGCUCCGCCACCCUCUCCAAGUCCGAGUACACUUGUUCUGAGCUCCUUCAGCUGCUCGGCGCAGGACAGGGGAAUGGAAUUUUGAAACAUAUGAUCGAUCAAGGGCAUAUCGUUGGCUUCUGGACUAUGGCGGCGGACGCACAUACACACACCGUCAGCAGAGACGAUGUUGAACGAUUUCAACAGGGAGAGUGGGAGGAGGCUGUCGUUGCACGAAGACGGGGUCGCAACGACGUGUUGCCGUUCUGGAGAGGAGGACCGCUUGGUGUUGGGCCACAUAGCUGGGCUGUUUGGAAGUUGCUUGGAGUGAGGGUGUAUGAUGUGAAGCAGCAAUAGUUCAAAUGUCAUAGUCAGGGAAUCCAUAAAAGAGACAGCAGUA